ACCAGACUUGCGCAAAUCUGACGUCAUUAGAAAUUACACUGGCGUCAUUUGUAGAGUUUCGGAGCUUCUAUUAAAGGGGAACCAGCAUAGAGUAAGAAUUUUGGAGGUAACAAUGUUUUGAUGUUUGCAUGGUCGCUAAACCUGCUAUUAACUUCCUGUGUAGUGACAAGUGUGUUUUGUUUAUGGAAUACUUAAUAUUCACGAAAUUUUAUUAGACAAUGAAUAGAAUCCUUUUUUUCAAUACAGCCUGUCUGCCCAUCCCCCAGCAACGAAUUCAUAGAGUAGGCUAGGUUAAAGUGUGAUUUGAUAUGUAUAAAUACAGUCGUUCAAACACGUGUGAUCUUCCCUUUUUCACUUCCAAAGUAUAGUGACAAUACUAUUGUGUCAUCUGCCAGUGCUAAUACAGGAAAAUUAUAUUCUUCUGACAGAAAGUAUUGUCGAAUAUAUAAAAAAAUUCUAAGCCAAUUUGGCUCUUGUAUGUGCAGUACUUUUGGGCAAGUUAAUGUAAAGUGUGUAAGGAUUACUUCUUAAACAAAUAAGAAGUCAGUUAUGUCAAUACAGCAGUUUUGUUUGCGGUGGAAUAAUCAUCAACCAAACUUCAUAUCAGUCUUCACAAACCUGCUAAACAAUGAAUCCUUGGUGGAUGUCACAUUGGCAGCUGAAGGAAAGCACUUGCAGGCUCACAGAGUUGUCCUUUCAGCAUGUAGUACAUAUUUUCAGACAUUGUUCUCUGUGAAUCCAUGCCAACAUCCUAUAGUCAUUUUGAAAGAUGUGAAGUACAGUAAUCUCAAGACAAUAGUGGACUUCAUGUAUUAUGGCGAAGUAAAUAUUUUACAGGAAGAUCUUACAGCUGUUUUAAAGACAGCUGAAAUGCUGAAAAUCAAGGGAUUGGCAGAAAUUCCGCAGCAGAAUAUUGCAGAACAAAUGCAUGUGAACAAGUCCCUCAGUGUAUCGUCUGAUAAGGGAGAGAUGUUAACAUCUAGUGAAUCAACAUGGGGUCCAGAUUCUCGUUGCAGUCCUGCUCCAUUGUCCCCAUCUAUGCGCAGGAAGCGACUGCGCAAGUCUUCCACAGGUUCAGGUUCUGGUUCAGCAGAAAGGACUUCAGAGGAUUUGCCAAGUGAAAUUACCUUGGUAGCAUCACCAGCAUUGGUGAAACCUGAACACAUUCCAGUCACUCCUGAUGGUGAGAGUGGUCGAAGUGAAGGAUCUUUACGAAACAGUACACAGGAGCCCAGCACUGAUUCAGAACCCCGGGAAGGCUCUCAGGACAGUGUGGAAGAUGAACCACUAACAUUGCAAAUAUCACAAGACAGUAGUGCAGGGGAAGUGGACCCUCCUAUAGCAGACACAGGACCAUCAACAUCACAGCAGUCAGCAACCCCACAAGCUCAAGUUCCUCCAGGCAAACCAGGGAAGCGGCUCCUCAUGCGACAACACCGCAUCAAAAAGGAGAGUGAUCCUGCUCACACAUCCCCUGACAGUGAGCCUGGAUCACCUCAUUUUGCUUCUGGCAGUGGUCUGCUUAGUUUACCACCUGUUCGAAUUGAAAGACAAUGCUCUGAACCACCACUUUGCACCUCUCCUUCUCUUCAGCAAAAUCCUGCCACUCCUAACCUUCUUACUGUGCCUCAGCCAACCUUUCUUGUCAAACAACAUUCUCACCCACUUUUGCCUAGCCAGCAAAGCUCCACAUGUCCCGCUUCAACAACACUGUUAGUCCAACGCCAGCUAUCGCAGCCUGCACCUGGACAGACUUGUCUUGUGCCACCUUCUUCACUUCAUCAUGUCCAAGUGGUGGCUGCUCCUGUGCAGCCGCCACCCAACCAGGAACCAACAGGCCGUGCUGUUAGUCCAUCUGUUGUAAUUGAACAGUUGCCUGUGCUACGACUUGUAAGUGAUCAAAUAACAGCCAAGAUCAUUAGUCAUGGAGGACUUCGAGUUCGAUCAGAUGAACUCAGGCGAGCUUCUUCCUCUCCACAGGCAUCAUCACCUAGAGAAGCUUUUGAGUCGCAACGUUCUGGGCAUUGCCCUGUUUUACGACCUGGCCCAGCAUUGGGAUGCAAUUUUUGCUGGAAUACAAUUGAUGGUCAUGGCCGUAUCUUACGUCGCAAAACCAAGUACCACUGCCCUGAAUGCAAGACCAACCUCUGCAUUGUGCCAUGUUUUCAAGAGUAUCAUGAAAGGCAACAUGCUGGGGGAAGCAGAGAGACAGCAGGUUCUGUCUCACCUACCAUCAUGAAGAUACUUCCUAAAACCAGUUCUAUAUAACUUGAAGGUAGGGCCCUAGAAAACCUACUAGUCUUGUAUGUCUAUAUAAAAUGCAUUCAAUUCCAAUAUUUUCCGUUCACUUUUCUGUCCCUCCAUACCCUUUAUCCUCAGACUAUUUUAGAUAAGUUUUACUCAUGUUAAAGGCAUAUUUUUUAAUGAAAUGAUGAACCAGAUAAUUAAAAUGGAAUACUGAGAUAUUGUGAAUACUAAUCCAUCCUGUGCCCCAGGUUACAUAUAAGGUUGAUAGAAAUUUUAGGGUCCCAACAUUUGUUUUCGUGUGAUCUGUGAUGAGACUAGAUAUGCUUUUAUGUUGCAAGUGGUGAUUUUACUUAUUUAACUUUUGUAGCUGCCAAAGAAAAGUCCUUGACCCAGCUGCAAAUGUUGUAUGUGUAGAGUUUCACACAAUAAUAUUUUUGUAUUGAUAUUAAUGAGUCGAUAUAUUGGCUAUAUUGAUAUUCAGGUGUGAUAUGGUCCAUAACCAGUAUAAUUUUCUUAAGUUUUUAAUUAGUAAAAAUAAUGUGGUGUAUAUUGUUUAGUUGCAGAGUUGUUUAUACUUGGUGAAUCAUUUUGUAAGUUUGGACAAUUUUUAUUGUACAAGCUUAAUAAUAAACGCUUCAUGUUAUUACAGAACAUUGCAUGUUAUGAGAGAACAUUUUAUUCUCUUUCUCUUCAGUUUCCAUAUGAAUUAAUGUUUAUUAAUAUUUUGUAACUUGUAUUUAUCAGAUAUUGAUAUUUUCAUCAGUGUUAUAUUGAUAAACCGAUAUAUCGACUAUAAAAAUAUUUGUGGAUCAACUUGUCUCUUUAUUCUCCUGAAACAUACUGUUAUUAAUGUGUGUGUGCACAACAGUAAUGCAUACUCAUGCUACAUAUUUUUAUUUUUAAUAGUGACAUAACAUAUUUAGUUAACAACUACUUGCUAGUGUCAAUAACUUUGAUAUUAUUACAGGCAACUUGCAGUACUGGUAUAUACUGCCUUGCAUUAAGAUUGAAGGACUGGUUUCUUUAGGGUUUUUUAUGAAGUUUGACAAACUUGAAAGUGAGCGUAAGGAAAUUUUCAGCAUUAUACAUGCUGCAGCCAUCAUUUGUACCACCUAACAUGGAAACUUUAAAAUAAUUUUAGCUCUGUACAAUGGAACUAUUUUUUUAUAUUAUUCAUUAUGUAUAUUUAUAUUAGAGCUGGAAUUAAUUCCAGGAAAAAAAAUUAAAAAAGCAAAGAAUGUCCCAAUAAAAUUGUUAAUUGGUCAUUUAAUUUCUCACUUGAAUUGUAUACAAUUAAUAUAUAGCUUAUAUUAUGCAAUGCAUUACAAAAGUCUCCUGUCAGAUCUAUAAUAUAAAUAGAUUACCCUAACCAAUUUUUAUAGUGCAUAGAUCUUCCUAUAUCUAGUGUUAUUUUGUUGCUAGGUAAGUAUUUAAUGCUUAAAGUAAGCGCUGUGUAAUGUCACAACAGUAAAUAGACUAUAUAUAUCACAUGCUUUCAGACUUUUAAUAUUAAUUUUUCUUUUGUCAGUGGACUGUGUUCUGUCAUUAUAAAUAUGGAAUUUUAUUAUUUUCAUACAGUUUACUUUAAGAAAAAUUUGUGCAGAGAAUACUUUCAUCCUGAAGAGCUGGUGUGGGCAGCCGCUGCCCCACAAACACUUUUUAUCUGGCCUAAGUAAAGUUUACUUUUUAAACACAUUAUUUAAUUUAUGAUUGUAAUCUGUUUGUUGUAUAAAAUAUCAAGGUGUUUUUUGGUUUAGUGUUGACAUAAAUAUUUUUAGUUAAUCAUUACACUAGCUUUAAUUUUGGACUAGCUACUGGUAAUAACUUACUUCAUAUGUGGCUGUGAUGAGGAAACUAAGUCUGUCCCAAGGCUACUUGAGGUUACUCAUGCCUAUUGUGGAGGUCUUUUCUGUUCUGUUUAUGUAAAUCAGGUUUCAUUCCCAUACAGGAAAGCAAGAGUAUUUGAUUUGCAUAUCUUUUCUGAUCUUAUUCCU